CUGCGACCUCGUAGAUCCUGCCUGUCAAUCCUGAUCCAUCAGUCUGCUAAUGCGAAUUCAAGUUGCAACUGUGCUCCAAGCUCAUUAAUUUAAAUAUAUAGUAUGUGCGCGCAAGAUGAUUUUCGCAAAGAUAAUUAUCAGCGUAUUUUAAAGGAGCGUGGGACAAUGAGCGAGGCUGAUAUGAGAGAAUAUAGAGCUAUCAGAGAGAGCGAAGAUAGCAGCUAUGCUCUACCCGGUUGGAAAGAUAGAUUGAUAAUGCAAAGGAAACUUUGUGAUGCCGAACGAGAAGAAACGAAACGCAGACAGUCAAACGAACUCAGACGAUUAGAAUCCAAACACAACCGCAUCAUGCUGGACCUUCAGUUGGAGCUGGCAGCGGAACGCAAUGAGCUGAAGGAGGGCAAAAUACUGAAACAAGUGAAGGGUAGCAACAAGCGUGCGUAUGAUCCAUCGUAUACAGAAGCACAUCUGGACACCCUGAAACGGCACAUGAAGGACAGAUAUAUGAACACACACACACACAAGGCUACAGCGGUAGCCGAUACGGACCGGGAUGCAGAAGUGUCUACCUCUACCAACAAUACAGAGAAUGCAACCACGCAUAGGGCAAACACAGAUACAAGGAAUAUCAAGGAAGGGCAGGAUACGGUGAUAUGCGAUGACUGUUACGUGGCUGCGGGCCCUGGGGAGUGGUACAAUUGCGACUCGUGUGCACAUGUUGUGUGCAAGCUACACACAGAAGAUGUAGUCUACGAAUGUGCACGGGUGAGUUGCCGAAAGGUCUUCUGCGGCCAGUGUGUGGGGAACAACCUGAGCACGUGCGCCACUGGCUGCGGCAGUGUCAUCUGCUGCGGAACCACUCAGUCGGGAAUGAUCGGCAUAUAUUGUGAAACGUGCUUUUGAAAUAAAAACUGUGCAUAU